CUUUUUUGAAAUUGGCCUCCAUAGGGUCUUCAAUUCAACUCUGCCUUAGUGGCAUCGAGCUACACCGCAAUAGAUGAAGCUUAAAUCGAUUAGUACUAUCCUCCUCCUCGCUGCAACAGCUGGGCCCGCAGUCGCAGGCCCAAUCGGAUACGCCAUCUGUCAAACCGGUAAGGUUGACGAGCACGACUGUCGUGUACAGCUGCUGCAACGGCAUCGCUGUUGCAUGCUACUCUGCAGCCGGUUUUACAUUCGGCGCAUGUAUGGCAGCUUGCGCUGCAGUCGCGUUUGGACCCACUCCCUGAGCGAGUCCAUUCGUGAAUGCGGCGAAAAGAACAAACACGUACGAUUUGUCUCAGUGUGUCGGAUCUUCGAUUGUACAAAGUACUUCUAUCUUA